GAUUUGUCAAACAAUAUAAUUCGGCGCUUACCUGUUGGACUGUUUCAAACCACGACGGGAUUGUAUGAUUUACGUUUGGACGCGAAUCAGCUCACUCAGCUACCAGAGAGAUUAUUUCGAACAACUAAAGCAUUACAAAUUCUGGAUUUGUCAAACAAUAGAAUUCGGCGCUUACCUGUUGGACUGUUUCAAACCACGACGGCUUUGGUAGAGAUACGUUUGGACGCGAAUCAGCUCACUCAGCUACCAGAGGGAUUAUUUCGAACAACUAAAGAAUUACAAGAUCUACUUAUACGCAAUAAUCAGCUUGUUGACCUUCCUGCAGGACUGUUUCAAGCCACAACCAAAUUAAACACUUUGAACUUGUUUGGCAACGCCCUAACAGCUCCGCCCCGCGGUGUGGUCCGCUUGCCACAAUUCCGGGUUCUUGAUAUAAGUGGACAAUCGCUGACUUUGGACCACCGUCUGUGUGAGCUAGAAGGACUCAGCAGUACUGUGACAAUCCUAGCCGCCCAAGCCGUCCUGACCUACAUCCACACCCAGCUCAGUACAAGCUAUUGCCAGAGUUCAUGUGCAAACAUCCCAGCCUCGGAGAACCCCUGUCCCAUAAGGACGGAGUACUGCGUCGGUCUAAUAUUAAACUAUCAUUGCUUUGACACGAGUUUCCAGUGCGGCGGAGCUCAUUUCUCCAUGCAUGUGACCAGCGCAGCCACUGGAGUCACAGUAGCCCAGGCUAAGCAAGCCUGCGCGGCACAGAACAUGGAGGUGUUUCAACACCAAUACUGGAGUCAGUUUUUCCAGCAGACCUGUUUCAGUAUUCGCAUGAAGAUCUUCGACACAUUGCACAUCAAUACAACUCUGCUGCUUCAAAGUGGUAGCUCAUACAGAUUCAGCUUCAGGUCGAACUCUGGUCAGAUUUCAUCUUCCGCUGACAGCUUCAUCUGUGCCCGGGAGAUCAAUGAAUGUACUGCAGCUGGGUCCGCAUCCCCGUGUUAUCCCCCGCGACAAUGUCAAAAUACUUUUUUCAGUUAUGAGUGUGUGUGUCCAGGCGGCACAACAUGGAAUGGUGUGCAAUGUCUCCAGGGCCCCUCACGUCUGACCACUAGCGUAGGUCUCCGCUUUUGCACCCAUAUCACUGGUCAUUCCCAGACUGGCUAUGACUGGGUCAUAAUUGGAUCUGUUUCAACCAAACCCGUGUCUUAUGAGGUUGCAAAAAGUAUGUGCACCAAGGAAAAAAUGCAACUAUUGGCUCCAGAGCUCAGCUGGUGUGCAACAACUGAUGAUUCUAGUCCCUAUAGGGGUUACAACGCAUGGCUAAAGUUUGAAGGAUUUCCGGGUGAAAGGAUUGUAUCCAACAUCGGUAAAGUUUCGAUGAAUACUCCAACCCUAUAUCGCGCUCUAUGCUUUAAAGUCGCCUGCUUUGUACCUGCCAUUGCUAAUGGAGGCACUUACUAUACAUUUAUCCUUAAGGAUGACCAGCUGACGUACACCUGUAAUACAGGUUUUUCACGUCCACCCAGUAUAGACACAACAUGUCUGGCUAACGGAACACUACGCGAAGCUCCAUCAUGUAACCUAAUCUGCACCCGUGUCUCAGAUGAUCAAACUAGGACACAAGUCAUAAUUCAAGCUGUUUCACCCAACAAGGUGUCUUACGAGGUUGCAAAAGGGAUGUGCGCCAACAAACAAAUGCAACUAUUGGCUUCAGAGCUCAGCUGGUGUGCGACAACUAACGGUGCUAGUCCCUAUAGGGGUUACGAAGCAUGGCUAAAGUAUGACUCACCGUACCAAAGUAUUGUAUCCAACAAGGGUUUUAUUUCAAAGAAUCCUGCAGACCUAUAUCGCGCUAUUUGCUUUACAACUCUACCCAACGGAGGUUGAUCAACCCACCAGUAGAGGCCCGUUAAAUGUGGUCAGUACACGGUGGCUGCGUCACAUGAUUGGCAGAUUCCGCUAAUUGAAAUUCAAUGUCCUCAUGGUGCCUACCUUCGUCCAAUUCUCUCCGCCCCCUUAUGUCUCUCGCUGAAGUUUCUCACUCUUUCUCUACCGCUUUCUUUCCCUCUCUUUCUUGCUCUGCCUCUGUCUCUAUUUCUCUGUCUCUGUCUCUCUCUCUGUCUCUCUCUGUCUCUCUCUCUCUCUCUCUCUCUCUCUCUCUCUCUCUCUCUCUCUCUCUCUCUCUCUCUCUCUCUCUCUCUCUAUGUCUCUCUCUCUAGGUCUCUCUGUCUGUCUCUCUCUGUCUGUCUCUCUCUGUCUGUCUCCCUCUCUCUCUCUCUCUCUCUCUCUCUACCUCUCUCAGUCUCUCUCUCUCUCUCUCUCUCUCUCUCUCUCUCUCUCUCUCUCUCUCUCUCUCUCUCUCUCUGUCACUCUGUCUUUCUAUCUCUAUAUCUCUAUAUCUGUCU